GGGAAACCAGAUAUAGUGAAUGCGGGGUCCUGGGGAGACCAGAUAUAGUGAAUGCGGGGUCUGGGGAGACCGGAUAUAGUGAAUGCAAGGUCCUGGGAGACCAGAUAUAGUGAAUGCAGGGUCCGGGGAGACUAGAUAUAGUGAAUGCAGGGUCCUGGGAGACCAGAUAUAGUGAAUGCAGGGACCUGGGAGACCAGAUAUAGUGAAUGCAGGGUCCGGGGGGAGAGCAGAUAUAGUGAAUGCAGGGUCCGGGGAGAGCAGAUAUAGUGAAGCGAAUGCGGGGUCCGGGGAGAUCGGAUACAGCGAAUGCGGGGGUCCGGGGAGAUCGGAUACAGCGAAUGCGGGGUCCGGGGAGAUCGGAUACAGUGAAUGCGGGGUCCGGGGAGAUCGGAUACAGUGAAUGCGGGGUUCCGGGGAGAUCGGAUACAGUGAAUGCGGGGUCCGGGGAGACCAGACAUAGUGAAUGCGGGUCCAGGGAGAUCGGAUACAGUGAAUGCGGGGUCCGGGGAGACCGGACAUAGGGAAUGCAGGGUCCAGGG